AUGCAGAUAUACCUCUUUCUCCUCAGCAAGCUCUACCUCACUAUCCUCCAUGGUCGAGAAAGCCUCCCCCUGCUGGCUGCUUUGCUGGCUUUCCUUGCGGUGACUUCUCUGCCCACCGACUUUCCCCGCAAAAGCAAAGUCGCUUGCCAGCCGCCCGCUUUUCCCCUUUUGGUGUCUUCGACCUCGUCUCUUCGACCUCAACUUCGCAACCUCAACUUCACCAACAUCACCAGCUUCAACGUCAACUUCGCCAACAUCAUCGACUUCGACAUCGGUAUCAACAUCAAUAACUCUCUGCUCUCCACUCCUCAUCGAUAUCAGCAUCUUCUACUCGCUGGAGUUGGUUCGAUGACCUCGUCAACCCUCGCCGGCUGA